AUGGAACAAGUCAACAGAAAGGGGGUGAAAGAUAACAAAUUUGGGAACUGCGGCAACAAAGAAAAAAAUGCUACAUGUGGCGAGGAAGAAGAACGGGAGGGUUCCCCUUUUUUGACGCCCGCCUAUUUUGUCCAUAAUAGGGAAAAGGCUUUAAAAGAAUUUAUCAGGAAAAAAAAUGAGAACAUGACAAAAAGAGGCAUCUUAAAGAAUAACAUUUCUUGCAAGUACUUUCAGAUAACUCCAGAUAUCGUUACCUUCACUUCUUAUGCCCCUUUCAAAAAAUACGAAAGGGUUGUAACGUUAAAAAAUGUCGAUGCCAACGCGAGAAACCUCAAGUUGGGAUUAGGAGAAAACCAUAUCUUCAAAGUGAAGUACAUUUCGGAUAUCAAAAAAAAGGUUGCUCCCGGGAUGCUAUUUACCUUCAAGGUGGAAUUUUACCCGCAAUCGUGUGAAAAUUACGAAUAUGAUCUGGAGAUUCAGACAGAGGGUACAUCCUUUACAUUGCCUAUACGAUGCAUGAACGAUGAAAUAAUUUUGGAUGUGCAAGACGAGAUAAAGAUGAAUGAAACCCCGAUUUAUAUGAAAAGCGAAAAAAGCAUAACGAUCAAAAAUAUCGGGAAAUAUGAAAAUAAAUUCCAAAUCAGCAUAGCACCUCCCUUUUAUGUUAAUUCUUCUAUCCAUGUGCUGAAGGAGGGGGAGAUGAUAGAAACGAAGAUCACGUUCCUGCCUGUCCAAAAAAGAACAUACGAAGACUACAUGAUAAUAAAUUACGAAAAUGGAAUAAGGACCUACACGAACAUACGAGGAGAAGGAAUUGUGGCCGAGGUCCUAAUAAAAGAUAAGGAUCUCACUGCAGAAGACGUGUACAUUAACACACGUAAAGAAAUAAAUAUCUUCAUUAAGAAUUUAUCCUUCUUUUUGCUAACAUAUAAUAUAACAAAGUAUAAUGUGUACGAGUCUAAAUAUGAUGACCCUUCAACGGAUAUAAAAGAUGUUACCUUCGAUGAGGGGGACAGAAUAAUCCAAAAGACGUUCAUUCGAGACAGCGAAUUGUUGGACGAGAAUAUAGUAGAGAAUGCCCUAUACAAAAAUGAUGAAUCCUUGCAGCGUGGUGGCGAAAGCGGAGUCAGCAGUGGAGAUUGCAGCGGUGGAGAUAGCAGCAGUGAUGAUCACAUUUGGGGAACAACCCCCAGUGGAGACAACCUACCCGACGGGGAACCCCAUAUGGAGAGCGAAGAAUGCGACCAAAAGAAUGACACAUUUGAUUCGGAACCUUCCGAUAGGUCAAACAUAUCACAUUAUGAUGAGCCAAAAAGGUGUAAAAAACAAACAAAAAAAAAUAUCAUAGACAUAUUCCCUAAGUGCAAAAAACUAUACAGUGAAACAAACACCCCCCUCACCGUUGCACUGUGUCCCAAGUUUGCCUCAUUUUACAAAAUAGUAAUAUUCCUAUUUAUAAGAGGAUACAAGAAGGAAGAAAAAAUAGUUGUGUACUUAAAAAGUAUAGCACCCGAAAUUGUCAUAGCAGAAAGGAUCCACAGAAUUGACAGCAUUUUAAUUAACACAUGCAAAAGGCUAUCCUUCGAACUGGUGAACAACACUCAGUUUGAUGUUCCCAUGAAAAUAGAAAAAGUAGAGGAUAAUUAUAACGAAUUCGAAGUUGCACGCGGAAAUUUUACUGUACUGAAAAAUUCUACCCACUCCCUUGAAAUGGUAUAUAUGCCAAAAGUGAAUGGGACAUCAGAGAAGACAUUCAUAAUUCAUCAGAAGUAUACAAAUGUGAAAAGAAAAUUACAGGUAGUGAGUAAGUGCAAUUUUCCCCAAGUCCUGUUAGACAUAGAAGAAAUAAACUUUAAUCAAGUGUCACACAGCUUUGAGUACAAAAAAAUAAUUACCAUAGUUAACAACUCGGAGUUGACUCUUCAUUAUGGAUUUAAUAUUCCUAACGAAUUGAAAGAUGAAGUAAAAAUUGAAAAAAACUGUAACCAAUUAAACCAAUUUGGUGAAGAAAAAAUAGUCUUAUCAUUUUACCCUAAACAAAUAAAAACAUACAUGACGAGUGUAGAACUGUAUCUAAGUGAAAUUAAAACCUUUAAAAAGAACUUAGCUUUUCGUGCCAUAUGCUCCAAGCCGAACGUAUUAUGUGAACCCGUUUUCCUCAACAUAGAACCUAUGAUUAUAGAUAAAAUGUACACCGAACAAAUUAACCUAAUUAACAAGUCGGAAGACACGGAUGUGAAAUAUGAAUUAUUUGUGGACGAAGAAAUCUCCUGCAUAUGCGAUUUGCACAUUUCUCACAAGGAUGGAGUGAUCAAAAGAAACCAAGUCCAAAGUGUCCACAUUAGCAUAAAGAGCAAAAUUAUAGGGUAUAUCCUUAUCGUGAUUAAAGUUAAAAUAUUCGGGUGUGCGGAUCUUUUAUUUUUAAAUAUUAAAGCUUACUGCACUUGUCCCACCGUAAAAAUUAUUCCUAGUAUAAUUGACUUUGAAAAGUGCAACUGUUUAGAUGUAAAAGAAAAAGUGAUUGAAAUAAAAAAUGAAAGUCCCAUUAAUACCUUUAUCAGCUUGUCCAACGAGCUACCUGUCUUCAGCUUUUCGAAAAAUAACUUUUAUAUAGAACCGCACGAAUGCGUUUUUGUCCCUGUUUUUGUGGAGUGCUUAGACACCACGGCUUACAUGGACACACUGAGGGUGAACGUCCAUCGGAAGGAGGACAUUUUGGUUCCCCUGAAGGCUCAGGGCGUUGGAUCUCCAAUCCUAGUCAACCAUAGCGGAAUAAACUUUGAAGUCACUCACACGGGCAAAAAAUAUGUCCACGAGCUGAUCAUCUCCAACAGAGGGACGAGCGAAAGGAGCGUGUACUUCCUGUUCGAGUCCGAAAAGAAAAGAAAGAAGAAAAAUGAAAGCCCUGAAAUAUUUGGCGUGACCCCAAGGAGCGUGUCUAUAAAGGGGGGCAGUGAAGCGGUGUGUAUUGUAAGCGCGCUCAACUGCAAAGAGGAAAAGUGCGAGGAUAUUCUCUACGUGCAUGAAGAUACAAUCGGCAAGAAGAAAGUGUGUGCAAGUUUUAAAAAAAUAAAAAUAGAAGCUUCGUUUGUUCACCCGGAGAUCGAAAUAUGCGACAUUGCGAACUUUGUUUAUGACUUUAAUGAGCAAGGGGGAGUGGAAAAAGACGAUUUGGAAAACCGGCCCACGGAGAAGUGCCAAAAUUCUGUAGAUGAAAGAAGAGAAAACAGAUCAAAGCAGUGUAUUACCCAUUCGAAAAAUAUGAACAAACUAAUGCAAGAAGUCGAAAUGAAGAAUCUGCGGAAUGCAAAUGUAAAGUUCAUCUUGUCCACUAAGUUACCCUUUUCUAUGGAGCAAGAAGUAAUAGAAUUGAGACCAAUGGAAAGAAAAAAAAACCGAAUCUUUUUUGACGUGGAUUUUAUGAAUAACAAAAUUAGUAAUACUUAUCAGGAUCAUCUGAUUGUCCACUUUGUGGAAAAUGGAAGAAGACAAAAAUAUGAAUUACUUGGAAAGACAAUAUAUCCUAAUAUUGUGAUGAGUAAAAGUUCUGUAGACUUUCAGUACAUUUUAAAAAAUUUAUGUGCCCAAGAAACAGUGGAAAUCAAAAAUGUGUGUAAUUUUAAAGUGUACUUCCAGUGGUUUUUUGAAGAAAAUAAUAUGUAUGCAAAUUUUAAUCAAGUGUUUAAUAUAAUUCCACAUAGAGGUUUUUUACUGCCCUACGAAAAAAAACAAAUAACGCUUACUUAUAACAGCAUAAAUGAAAGCUAUUACAAUGUUAAUGUUUUGUGUCAAAUUAGGAAUGGCCCCAUUUAUCCCCUCAAAUUGAUAGGUGGAUAUUCAGACAUUAAAUAUAGCAUCAACAAGAGGGAGUUGAAUUAUGAUUUGCACUACAAAUCCGUUGGGGAAGAUUUUAUAACCAUCCAAAAUACAGGGAAAAUUAAACUUUUCGUUGAAAUUGUGUAUAAUAUAAAAUUUCCUUCUCUACUGUAUACAAAUGUGAAUAAUUUUUUUAUCGAGCCACACAACAGUAAGGACAUCAUUUUUUACUUCAUACCUGGUAUUCCGCAAAAUGUGAAGGAGGUCAUUUUGCUUAAAAUUUGCAAUUUUGAGGAAAUUAAAGUGACUUUACAUUCCAGGGACAGAUCCAAUGUGUUGCUUCUGACUGUCCAAGAUGUUGAGGAUGGAUGUGCUGAUAGGAAAAAUGGAGAACUAGCGGAUGAAGUGUACCCGCAAGAAUGUGAUCCAAACCGCGAAACGGAGAAUUGGGAGAGAAAGAAGAGCAAAUUUAACCCCAUAGACACCUUGAUAAGCAAAGCCUUGUUACCUUUUAACGAGAAUUCUCAUUAUGAAAAUCAGCGAAGGGGGCUAAUCCAAAAGCUGAAAAGCAGAUACGCGGAGGUAUUUCUGUCCCUCGGUAGGCACAUCGAAGAAAUAUUGGCCCUUUAUCACGACCGCGCGAUUGGAGUUAGCGCGCAAGGGGUGCAUACGGAGACGAAUGACGAACAAAUGGGUAUAAUAGGUGACGCGGAUGAAGUGAGCGAAGUGGGAGAAUUGGGCGAAUCUGUUGAAGUCUACAGGGAGAACCAAAUGGACAACGUAUCCGGCGGCUCAACUAAAAGAACAGACGCGUCCGAAGGCCUCAAGCGCAAAUAUAACCUUAUAGGAAUCUUAAAAAGUUACUGCGCUAAAAACAGCAGCCUCUGUUGCAUCUUUUCCGAUUUGCUGAAAUGCUUCAUUUUGAACCAAAAGGAUGACAAGUACAUUCUCGGGAGCUUUUCAAAGUUGAAGAAGUUAGCCAACUUCGAGAAGCUGUCCUGCCACGGCUACGUGAGCAACGAGUACAUCCUAAAAUAUCUGAAGCGAGUAAUUUUAGAAAACAACAGCGAGCUACAACGUGUGUACUUAAAUAUGGGAAAUGUAACGAUUAAAGAAAAGAAAGAGGGUGUAAUUACGCUAAAGAAUGUAAGUAGAGACAAGGUAAAAUUAAGUUACCAUUUGGGUAAUCCAGAAAUGAAGGACAUAAUAACAUUAGCAUGUGAACAUAAGGAAGUAGAUAAGGACGAUUCCAUCAACUUGAAAAUUAUAAUUGAUAAUAAGUUUGCAAAGGAAAAAUUAUUUUCAGAACAAAUGUUCAUAUGCAUGAAUGACAAAAACUAUUACACAGUGGAUAUAAAUUUUAAUUACAUCAUUCCGGAUCUGCAUAUAUAUUAUAGACAAAUUCAUUUUGAAAAAGUAGAAGUGAAAAAGUGUUUAUGCAAAACGAACCGAUUGAUAAAUACCAAAAAUGUGAAUGUAAAAUUUAAAGUGAAAAAUAUAAUUUUCUUCAAUAAAAAGUUAGAAUAUUAUCACUUAAAAAAAAAGGCCCAAAUUUUUAUAAUACCUAGUAAGGGGAUCAUUAAGAGUAAUUCAUUUUUGGACAUUCGCAUAUUCUUUGAGCCUUCGGAUGUUUAUAAAAAUGCCAAAGUAAGUAUAGAACUGUUCAUUUAUCAUUCCAAUUUUACAAAAAGCAUGGACGUUUAUCUGAACAGCGUUAGGGAUCACGUGCAGGCUGACCCCAGUGACAUUAUUGUCAAACCGCUCCUCCUCAACAGUGGAAACGUACACCACAACAUGAAAAUUACAAACUUUAACAACUAUUCCAAGUAUCUGUUUAUUUAUAACUUGGAUAACUACUAUAAGUAUUUUCAAAGCUUCCUAUAUGAUCUGCUGUCCAUCCACUCACAUAUAUAUAUUGAAAAGAACGACGAAAGUGAUUUUUUUUAUAGCAAUUUGAUGGACUACCUGGUGGGUCUGUACAGAAGGCAGUUAGAUCGAAUAAGAAAUUGCAACCAAGAGGGGACAAGCGUUAUGAACGGUGACUUAAAUAGUUAUGUCACACAAAGUUGGCAUAAUAGCGAGGAACAGGAGGAACGACAAGGAGUCACACACGAGACGGAGGGUGUCAAACUGGAUGAUGAAAACAAAAUAGGGGAAAGAAACCUCUUACAUGUAGAACACCAAAAAGGACGUAAACUUGCCGAAGGACAGUGCAAAGACAAAAAGGGAAAAUACAAAUCGAAGAAGAUGAACGAAACGGAAAGGGAAAAAGGGAAUGACAAAACAGAUGAACUAACAAACAAAAAGGAAAAACUGAAUGAUAUACUAGCCGAUUGUAUACCUCCAACAAAAGAUGAUUCAAAGGGUGUAGGUACAAUCCCGAAUGAACAACAAAGGAAUAUCAAAAUUUUAGAAAAUAAAAUUGCCAUUUUAGACCAACUUAUACAGACAAAUGAAAGGAAGUACAAUUAUUUCGAAGAAUAUUUAAACAUAAUAAAGAUAAAGAAAAAAAUAAAACAAAAUUUCUUGCUCAUUUGUCCAAAAUAUGUGAAUCAUAAGGGGAUUGGAAGCUACCUCGUGAAUAAUACCGUUUUGAAUUUUUCUCCGCUAAAAAAAACAGAAACGGGUAUCGACCCUGAGAAUGAUAACUUGCUAACGAUUGGAGAAAUAAUACGAUGGUGUAAAGAGAUUAACGAGAAGGACAACUACCCAUCCAGCGUGAAAAGGAGCUUCAUUCAUUACAUCAUGCAUGAGAGGAACAUAAACCGGAAUAGACAUUCUACCAAAAAGCUAAGGACGUCUAACAGAAGUAUGAACGAACGUUUGGCGAAUGCGGCCUGUUCGGGACUUUCUGCACUUUCUGGGCAGACGCAGGAGAACAGCUUAGACUACUACGUGAGUGAAGUGCUAAAUGUGGGAGAGAAAAGGAGAGACCAAGAGCAAGCCGAUGACGACAUAAACACAAAUGAUGGCAUGAAAAUUAAUGGGGAUAAAGACUCACACCUAAUUUUAAAAGGAGGUACAUUUAAGCAGCCAGUAGGAGUCCUAAAUGAACAUGCUCAUGAUGCAAAGGACACGAGGGUGGAUAACGAAAAAGAUGGGAAUUGCACAAAUGUGGGUAAAAAUAAACUCAAGAAAACACCAAACUUAAGAAGCAUAAAAUCUAAGAUAGACAAUAAGCAUGCGAUAAGUAUGCAAAGAAAAAAAAACAACUGCAGGAACGACCACGCAAAAAACAAUGAUGGUGGUAGUUUAUUGGACCAGAAGGCGUUCUUUAACAAGUACAACUUGAGACACAACUCAGAUUUCGUGAAGCACUUUUUUCACUUUUCCCUCCUCAACGAUGAAAACUUUAUGAAUGACGUGCAAUCAUUUUUAAAAUUAACCAUGACGGAACGGAAAAAAAACAAAGGAGAAAAUUCUAACAAAAAGAAUAGCACCUUUGCAAAUCUGUUUGAGAUAAUCUUGCAGAAAGUGCUACUCUCCCCGUUGUACGUGAAUGGUGUGGUGUUUUUCUUUAAAAAAAAUGAAUACAUAAAUUCGGAGUGUUUUUUCACCACAGUUUUGAGGCUCACUUCGGAUGAGAAUAAUCAUAUAAUUUAUUUGAACCCGGUUGAAGGGUAUGAGGAAUUUUUUAACCCGUCUAACGGUGUGGACAGGAAGAAAAACGCGGAAAGCGAAGGGGGUAAAAGAAGCGACGCAAAGGAGAACCAAACAACGGAUGCACAAAGACUUAAAUACUUUUAUGAAAAUAUGACCAAAAAAUAUCAAGAAAAGAUUGAGCGGAAAUUAAAAGAAAAGCAGCAAAUCGAAAAAAUAUUGGAGUCGUUAAGCGGACACACCGAUUCAAGCAAUGCUGAACUGGUUCCGCGUAAUGUAGAUUGCAGUGAUAAAAAGAAGGGGGAUAUUGAGCAGGAUGGGAAAAACGCCAACUUAGAAGGUCAAACGGAAGAAGUGGGGGAAUAUUCGUCAUGCGUUGAGAAGAAAGACGGAGAUGAAUUUCUAGCAUGCUCUAAAAAAGGUGAAUCAUGGGAAGACACACACGAUAGCGACAUGUUAAGCGAAAAGGGGCCAAGCACGAAAAAAGACGUACAGUGUAUGAAUGCGAAUGUGCAGAGCGCUGUAGAGAGGCUAUAUGAAAAAUUCGUAGUUUGCAAAGAAAAAAAAAUCCUGAAUAAGCAAAUAACUGGGCAACUUAAAAGUUACUGUGUUGAAAGAAAUGCACAAGUGGAUGAGCAAAUUAUCAAGUAUAAUAAAAAGGUGAGCAAAAUUAAUAGUUACAUGAAAAGCAACGACUACGUGGAACAUGUGUCAUUUUACAAAGAAUUAAAAACUGUAUUGCGUAACUUAUUGAGAGAUCAUAUAAGGAAAGGAACGGAUAACUAUUCCUCCAAAUUGGCGUGUCCAGAUAUGGCGGAUCCUCUCGCGUGUAAUGAACAAAAGGGAGAAACAUCUAAUAAUUACACAGAACAAAGUGGGAAAGAAAAAAGAAGUAGCAUGUACGUAAGAAGAAUAAAUAUCCAACUUGGUGAUAAUUUUGUGGAAACAAUAUAUCAGGAGGACGGUGAACUGAAAAACGUAAGUAGUGGAGUCAUCGAUGGAGUAGAGAUAACGGGACAGAAUAAUGAAGAAGAGGAGGAUGAAAUUGGAAAAGUCGCAGAAAGUACCAUUAAAACAGUAGAGGGAAACAACAUUAAUAAAAAAUUUGAUUCGAAGUAUGUUCAGAUGGAAUGCGGUGGAGGCAAAGACAGAAUUGCUGUCAGCGAAAAAAUGCCAAACGGAGGUGCAGCGGAACGUUGCAACCAAGUUGAGGAAAGCGUAAAAACAGUUGUUAACAAAAAUGAAGAACUGGUGAGAUACUUAAAACAAACAUUUGUUCAAGUCAACUUCAUUUACUUUUUUAUAAACGAAGAAUUAUGCUUUAGAAAGAGGAACGUUCUGAACGAAAUUUCCAAAAUCGUGCAGGAAAAAUAUAGAGACGUAAAAACAUCCGCCUACUUCUUUGACAUCCCAAACUCCAAAAGGUACGACGCAUUCAAUAUGCAGAGUUUCAUGCAAAUCAAAAAUAAAGUCGAAAAAUGCGAGUGUAAUUUUUAUGUUACCAAUGAGAAGGAUCAAGUUGGUGUGGUGUCCCCGAGAGAUGGACGCGAAGAAGACAAUGUGGUAAAAGAGGAAUCGCACGAGGGGGAACUACCAAAGGGAGAUGCACAAGUGGGGAACGAGUUACACAGAGGAAAAUCAAAAAGGAAGAAAAAGGAGAAGAAAAAAGAAAACUCCACAAUAAAAGAAGCAAAGAAUGACAAUGCAGAAAACGAAAAGGAAAAACUUGAGGAUGCCGGAGAUGAGCAUAAAAGUGAGAAGAAGGAAAAAAGGAGGAAGAAGAAGAAAAAGCGAAGUGCAAAGGAAGGCGAGGAACAACAAAAAGGGAAAGUACAGGAGGAGGAUGUGCUUGCGGAUCCCCACAAAAACACGGAAAAGAACCAUAAGGAAAGCGAAAAUGUGGAGGGAAUAAAGAAAGAAAAGGAGCAAGCCAAAAGCAAGGACGAAAUGGAAGAGAAGAAAAGGAAAGGAAGGAAAAAAGAAAAGGAAAAAAAAAAGGAUACCUUAGAGAAACUAGACGAGAGUGCGUACAAAAAAGAGGGUGAAGCACAGGAACAUAGAAAUGACCUCGAUAGUAAGGGAGCAAAGAGCGAGAACAAAGGCGAAGAAGGAAAGGAAGCUCCCAACAAAAACGCAACCAGCGAUAGUGAUGCGCACAAAUUGUACCUUUACGGGGGAAAGGAACUUACGCAGGAAGCUUACUUUGAACAAUUGGAAAAUAAAAAGUAUGAAAUAAAGGAUGAAUAUGACCACAUUUUCUAUAACUUUCGCAACAUACGUGCAGUAGGUGACGCAGCAGAAAGGGAAAAGAAAGAAGACCAUUACAUAAUUGAGUUUUUAGAAGUAGACAAAUCCUACGAUCAGAGGGACGAAAUUCGGUACAAAAAUAUAACCCAUGUAAUGUUGCAAAAAAAUACCUCGACCGAAAUAAACAUAAAAAUUAACACCUGCAAAAUAGUGAACAUAAAAAAAAGAAUAUGCUUAAUAGACCUGCUUGGAAACUACUUUUAUUUAAAUCUGCUUGUGGUAAUUGACAAGCCUAAGAUUUACUCCAAUCCGUACUUCAUAUUUAGCAACAACGUUGUUAUGUGUGCCCCCCGAAGUAACUGCUUUGUUUUGUGCAAAAAGUUAUACAAUUUUGACCGGGUACUGAUAGGAAGAAAUGUCCACUCAUUUAGACAUAUCAUCCAGACGGAACUAAAAGACGAGUGUGAAGAGCACCUCCUGAAUUUUUUAAAAAUUUUUACAAAUAUCAAUUCGCCCAAAAUUAAACUAGCAAAAAUGAGAAAGCAAAAUAUUACCUCCAUUUGGAGAAACUCAAGUGGUAACGAACAGGAUAAGUAUAAAUUGAAAAACUCAGAUAGGGUGAACAAUAACGAAAUUUCUAAGCAUUUGUAUAAGCACGUGCAGGUUUUAAAUUUAUUUAACUCCUCUCCCUUUGACUCCUUUGUCGAAAUUUCUUUUGAUAGUGUACCUUGCAGCAGUGAUAAAAAUUAUCAGGCGAAUGAACUUAACAGUGUUGAUAAUUUCAUAAGCCAUAACGAUUUUUAUGUGUACCCGAAGAAAUUCUUCAUUCUGUCCAAGAAAUGGAAAAAAAUCAUCGUUUUGUUUUUACCUAAAAAGGUGGGUUCCUUUUUUGAAAAAUUGCAGCUGUCUAUAUAUUCUAUAGCACAUGAAGCAGUAACAAUAAAUAACAAGAAGGAGAUGACGAAUGGGGAAAGGAAAAAGCACAGCGCGCCACUCUGUGAUAGCCGUUUCUCUAACGAUAUAGACUUAGACAACAAACAGAUUCAUAAUUACCUGUAUGAUAUAUUUUCUUUGUGCUUAAAGGGGGAAGGCAUAAUGUGCUGUCUGAAAAUGAGCGAAAAUUACUUAAACUUUCACAAAAUUCUUUUAAACUCAGUUCAGCAAAAAAAUGUUGAAAUAAAGAACUGUAGCUACUGCGACCUUGCCUGGUUUGUAGACCCUGCCGACUUGAAGAGCGACACCCCAUUAUGCAUAAAUCCUACAAAAGGAAAUUUACUAAAAAAUGAAAAAAAAACCCUAACAGUUACCAUCAAAACGGAUAUCGUAAAUGCGAUAAAGAAAGAAAUAAAAAUCAACUAUGUGGAGAAGAAUUUCAGCAAAAAUGACAAAAUGCGGAACAACGUUUAUUUCACAUCCCUGGUGGUGGAAGCAGAAGUUUGUAAGUCAUUUAUUCAAGUAAGUACCGAAAUGGUGAAGGAAGAUUCGGGCGAGAAAUUCGACCCACUAGCAGAAAGUGCCAUCGUUGGGAGGACCAUAUUAAAGGCUAAUGGUGCUGCCAUGAAAGAGUCCCCCCCAAGGCGCAAUCAGCUGUUACCUGCCCACCUAGGGGACGUUUUAGAAGAAGACAUUAAUUUCAAAUAUGUGCAGGUAAAUCAAACCAAAACAUGCUUGUUCAAAGUGAAAAAUACAGGAAAGUUCAAAAUAUUCUACGUAGCAGAAUUAAAUGAGGACUCCUUUUUAAAUUAUGUAAGUAUGGAAUGUCUAACUGACAAUGUAAAUUCAAACGAAAUGAAAAUAAUAAAACUAAAAGUAAGAUCAGGUAGAACGGCCAAAUUUCAAAAUGUGCCUCUCAUGAUACACUUUUACGACAUGGAAAACAAUCACAUUCAAACGUACAAAUAUUCCAUUUCUGUGUUUUUCGAUUAUAACUAUGUUAGGGUUAUCCCUGCUAUUCUGAACUAUGACUCUGUGGAGGUUAAGAAGGAAGAAACGCGAUUCUUUAAAAUCAUGAAUGAUGGACAUUUUGACUUUAAAUACGAAAUAAAAUUGUUAAAGAGUAAAAUCAGGAACACAGAAAAGGAUGAGGUGGUACGAUACAACAACGUGGGAUGUGUGCCAUAUAAUUCAAAUGCCGAUUUGAAAAGCCCUUUUUCCAUUUCACCAAUUAGCGGUUUGGUGAAGUCCAAGGGGGAGGCAACCGUCAUGGUUCAGUUUAAUUCCUCCGAAGAGAGGCAGUACAAAUUUGUCUACAUUGUCGAGGUGGAGAAUCUCAUGUCAGAUACACUGCCUAAUGAUAGCAAGAAAAAGGAGCAUAGGGGGAAGAAACAACAUAUUGACAAUCACAAAGAGAUCAUUAAAAUUUUUGCCUCGUCUGUGAAGCCCACCAUUUCCCUCGAUGUAAAAAACAUAUUUGAAGAAGUUUUGAUAUUAAAGAAAGCAGAAAGCUAUGCCAAUUUUUUAGAUCAUUUCUUAGGCAAAAACAGCUACUAUAAUUCAGAUGAUAAUACACUAUACUACAGAUGGUGCCACGUGAAUGAGUGCAUUAAUGAGCGAAUAAAAAUUUGCAACACGUCCGAUGUAAAUGCGAAGGUUCUUGUAGAAAUUAAGGAACUCGAAUUUGCCAACUAUAGGAAUAAAGGAGGAAAGGGGAAAGAAAAGGAACGGGAAAAACGGGGGUACAAAGGAAAAGAGAACGAAAACGAAACAAAAAGAUCCAGCGUGAUUGUCCAACAAUCAUCUCCCAUCCGUUUUAACAUGCGAAUUCAAAAUGACAAUGAAAUAAAGUCAAAGUGGUGUUUGACUGAAUUGAAUGCACAACGGCGUGGUGUCACCUAUGGUGAUGCGUCCUCCUGUGUCAGCACCACCACAGAGGUUACGCGUUACCAGCACAAAUAUUUAGACAUAUGUUUUUAUUCAAACCAAAUAGGAAGUAAAAAAUUUCUGGUAAAUAUAUACCUGACAAAUCAGCAAAAUUUGUUAUGUUUUUCCUUUUACAUAAGUGUAGAAUUUUUUUUGCCAUCCAUUAAUCUCAUCAUUCCACAAAGCUUACUGAAGCAGCGCCGAGAAGAUAAUAUCUACGAUUUGGGGGAUAUCCACCUGAACAGUGUUAUGUCAUUUAAAGUGAAAUUAAAGAAUUGCUUCAAGUAUCCUGUCUUUGUAAAGGUCUUCUUUGAAAGGAUUAAUGUGGCGCUAGAUUGCUGGCGGGGUAUGGAGGAACGGAAGGGACAACUAAAGGGCAGCCCCGAAUUGGAAAGUGUCCCCAAUAAAGAGGGAGACAUUAAUGAGCAUGGGCGUGCUAUAAAUAUCAACCUGUUGAAUGACACAAAAGAAGCUCAACACGACAGGGGGGACGCAAAAAAUAGCAACGCCUCAAAGUCCACAUAUGGCAGAAGCAAUCCCUGUGACGAGGCAUACUAUCAGACAUGUGUGAAGGAAAAAAAAGAUAUUUACAAUGCCAUAAAUUGCAGCUCCUAUUAUAGCACCGUCGAGGAUCAUUUAGGACUGCGCAUAAGAAACAACACCACCUACAUUGACUACAAAAAUGUUAAUGAUUUGCUGUACAAGGAUAGGGAGAAAAAAAUGCACAUGUUCAGUUUGGGCUAUCUCUACUACAUAGGCCACAGCAACUACAUGAUACGGGAAAACGAAACAGAAAGCAUUAAAAUAAAAGUAGAUAAAAAAAUAUUGGAAGAAAUGAUAAAGAGGAGGAACGCACAAAGGGGGAGCUUAAAAGAGAUAGAGGGAGAAGAAUGUAAGGCGGUGAAUGCCGUUCUAAAUGAUCUCGAUGCGAUUGAGCAAACACCUACCUCGAACGAUGAGUUUAACAAUAAGGGAUUAGAAGUAGACAAGGAAAAGGCGAAGAAAAGUGUUAAGGAAAAACUGAAGAGGGAUGAUUUGGAUAAAAAAAAAGAUGCAAAUAAUGUGCGAGGAAAUUUAACCAAAUUUUCAACGACUCCUCUGAGCACUGGCCAAGAAAAACAACUUUUAGGUAGCAUACAAAUUAGCGUGCUAAAUAAUAACUACGAAUUUUACAAUUUAAAGUUCGUUGGAAAUAUAGUAGAAACGAACAACUACUGGAAUUUAGAACUCUUAAAAAGUACUAUAAGAAAUGUGUAUAACGGUAAAAAUGUGGACAUUUUUAAAAAUCAUAUUAAUUUUGAUCUGUUACCUGUGGGGUAUAACCACUCAUUUAAGGUUCCCUACGUGAACGAAAACAACCACGAUUUAUUUUUCCAUGUAGAGGUGGAAAAAAAGAUAAAAAAUGUUAUUGACAUCAGGCCUUUAAGUGGCUCCAUACCAGCGAAUAGCUCCUUUCCGGUCUGUGUUCAAAUUAACAUAAAGGAAGCCAUCAAUUUGGUGAAGAAACAAAUCCUGUUUAAAUUUUCUGCAAAUCCUUUUAGCAAAAAAAAUACCAAAGUGAAGGAUGAAGAUGGAGUGUGCAAUGACUCCUUAUACGUAAGUUUAACCUCGGAAGAAAUAAAAUUUUCCUAUAGUAAAAAAAAAAUUAUUUUCAAAAAUGUUCCCUUCUUUAAUUAUUCCAAGAGCGAAUUGGUGCUGGAAAAUAUGUCCAAUGUAAAAUUAGAUGUCGAACUGAACAUCGUGCCAUUAAACGGGCUGGAUGACAUAACGUCUGUUUAUGCAUUCCGCCCUUUUAGCGAGCAACGAAUUACUUCGUUAAUGAACAAAAUGGAUAAAAAUCUCCUAAUGAAUGAAGUUACUGAAGAGAAGACAACACAAUUAGGGAACUCGCCAGUCAAUUGUAAGCAAGGGGGAGACAUUAAAAACACUUCGGAAGGUGGAGAAUUGGUGGGAGACACAAACAAAAGUGAAGAUAGACACGUGGUUGGUAACCCUAAUGGGGUACAUGCGGGGGAUGAGACGGGCGAAAAUAAACCCAUUGAUGAGUUUUACUUGACCAAGUACGACUUGACCUUGUCCGAUUUUGGAGAUAAUCUGCGCCAUAGGGAAGGAAGCGGCUUUAACGAGACCCACAUUUUGGAGAACGACGUGAUUGGAGAAUGCAGAGAAAUAAUUGGAAAUGGAAAUGUAACAAGCAAACCACAGCAGCAAUGCAGGGUCAUCAAGAAAUUCAUCACCAUUAAGGGAAAGCAGAAGAAGCGCCUGGAACUGUUUUGCUUUCACCACUUGUACAAGAAAACAGUCGACGCCGUGCUUCACAUAAGGAUAAAAUACUAUAACCAAAUUAGCAUACCGAUCAAAAUGACAUUCGAAAAUUACAAUCACAGCAAUGUAUUUGUUUUGACGGGCUGGAAUCACAACGGUGUUGUGGCUAAUAUGGAAGAGAAGAAAAAUGUCCCCAAAGCACACAAAAUGUUUGUACUCAGCAGGGGAAUGUUACAAAAAAUACAUCAUAAAAUAUACAUGCUGAACAUUUCGAAUGAGAAUUUACAGUACUUUUUCGAGAAAAUCAGUGAAACGCCAGAAAACCGAGGUAGAAGCCCCCUUCUGCUGAGUAGCGGCAAACAGAACGUGGAAAAUAAGAAGAACGACAAGAACAACGACAAUAAUUCUGAGUGUAUUAACUAUAAGGGGUGUGUAAAUGAAUAUAACAUUUCUUUAAUCCGAUUUCUAUUUAACAUUUUCAAUUCGGUGGACUACAGUGGACGUUACAACCUUUAUGUAAACGAUAAAAAAGAGCAAUACAUCGAUUUUGAUCUCAAAGUAAUUGAACCCCUAAUCUUUUUUAAUACGUCUUCUAUACAUAUAAAUAAUUUAAUAUUAGGAAAAAGUUACUGCUUCGUUUUUUACCUAAUCAAUUUUGACCUAAUGGACAUCAACUUUGAGUUUGACCAAAAUUCGUACAACUCGUGUAACAGCAAAAAGGAGACCAUCAGGAUUGUUCCAUUUAGGGGAGUUGUAAAAUCAUGCUAUAGAAAGAAUAAGUACAUGUACAAGGAGAUAAGAAAAUUAAAUGAGGAUAAUUCCAUAGGAGUAGACGAUCACCAUAGAAAGGGAAUUAUCGCGGAUGAGAACUCCUCCUCUGGUGCGACUUCCACGUCGAGCAAUUCGCAUAAAAGUGAUUCUAAUGGAAACGGUAUCCUGAGUGAUAUUCAUAAGAAGGGUGCUUUAAUUGGACAGAAGAAAAGUGUAAAAAAAAGGAUAAAGGUCAAUUACGUAAACCAUUAUAAGAAUAUUAGCCUGCACAAUGAUAGUGACAACUGGUCGUCCUCGUUGACGAAUUCGUCAGACGUGUCGGCAUCUUCAUCAAAUCUUAGUUCUGGCAAAAAUAAAGUAGAACAAAGAGCGCAAAAUGAACGAACCAUGUUAUAUGGAAGGUACAAGAAGGAAUACCUGCUCCCAGCGCAUUCCCCACAAUGCGAGCACAUAAAUACAUCGUGCGAUUCGGGCAGUGACUCAGACAGCGAAUGGAGUAGCAAUGCGGGUGUCAGCCUACCAGACGGAAAUAACGGAAAGGAUGGUAUCCCUCAGAGCAGUAAGUAUUUCCUGCUGCAUUAUUACCUGAGAAAUAUAUGGAAAAUGGAUAGCAACAAAUUUGUAAGAGACAUUAAACAUGUAGGGGGAAAAGGAAGGUGUAAAAAAAUCAAGCUGUUCUUUAAACCACACCUCGAACAGUUCUACAAUUUUAACUUGCUAUGCAAAAUAGGGUCAAAGGAAACACCCUUACAGGUUAAUUUCAAAACACAGGUCAGUAAAAUUAAUAUAAAUUGCUAUAUUGAAAAUUUCGACAAGGAAAAAGUACAACUCAAUUUGAAAGACAGCACAUGGAGUGGAAAGCAAAAGAAAUAUAAAAGUCACAUGAUCCAUAUUUACGAUCUUAUAGAUUUUAAGGAAACCUUAAUAGGACAAAAAAAAGUCUCCAAAUUUGUUAUUGAAAAUUUAGGCAAUUUCGAUAUGGUUUAUAAAUACUACUUACAAAAAAAAGAUGAAGACAUUCGUAUAGAGUGUAGUCAGGAUUGUAUUCCCCAGAACUCCACCUAUUCCAUUUCUGUUGAGUAUAACCCUUUGAAGAAUCAAACAUAUGUUAACUACUUAACCAUUAAUAUUAUGGACUACUAUCUUAUUAAUAUAAAAAUCACUGCAGUUGCGAUUAGCUUUUUAAUUAAUUUUUCCUUUUACAAUUAUGACUUUGGCAACGUUAUGUUGUUCCCGGUUUUGGAUGACACCGCUAAGGUGAAGGGGAUAACGAACACAGAUCAGAUCCGUGAGGACAGUAUUUCCUCUAGUGAUAGCUCACUAUCGUCUUUGAUUCACACCUUCAAAAAUAAUGAAAGGGAUAAGAGGGUGAAGGAGCGCGAGGAGGAGAAAGCCAAGGCACUCUCUGGCGAAGACGCGCAGGGUACAACCGGGAAGCAUAAAAAGGGCAAGAAGAAAAAGCACAAAAAAGAGAAGCAGGACAAGAAGGACAGGAAAACGAGCAAGGAUAAGACACAGAAUGGAAUGGACGAAGAGGGGGAUGAGACCAAAACGGGGGACGCCGCUGAACACCCCGAGAAGGAUAAUGGGGGGGACAAAUCGAAAGAAGGUCACAAAGAGGGGAAGAGAAACAAGGAGAAACACAAAACCGGUACGGAAAAAAGCAAAGGUGAGGAAACAGAACAUGAAAAAGACCAAAGCAAAACAAACGCUGCCGAUUUGAGCCAAAGUACAAAAAGAGGAAAGGACAAAGUCACGAAUGUUGUGGGAUCCAAAAUUAAAGAGGGGAAAAUGCAAAAAGGUUAUGCAGAGAACGAAAUGGACGUUCUAUCAGAAAAAGAAAACAACAAUGCGGUAGAAACAAAACUUGUCAUUAGCAACAAUAAUGAUGUGGAUUGUUAUAUAGAAUAUGAAUUGAAUGAGGAAUGUCUUACCAUAACAAACCUUGGAAAAAAGAUACACCUGAAAAGAAAAAGCAAGAUUUGUCUUCUUAUCCAAUUUAAACCAAAUGAAGAAAAGAAUUAUAACUACAAAAUACCUUUUAUGAUAAACGCAGAUGUGGACAAAAUGGUUUACAUAUAUCUAACAGGAUCAGCUACACAUUUCAAAUUGCCGUUUUCUAGUAAUAAUUCGAACGAAAUUUAUUUUGAGAAUGUACAUGUGGAUAAAGAAAGCAUUUCAAAAUUUACACUUCAUAAUAAGAAUUCAGAAGAUAUAUCUUUUAACGUAUUAAAUUAUGCCUACUUGGAGAAGCACUACCUCUCGUUUGUCAAGUUUGAUAAUUCUGUUUUGCACAUCUUACAUAAGAAGGAAAAAAAGACAUUCGAGGUGAAAUUCCUCCCAGAAAAGUAUCUUAACCUUCAGAUUCCCCUAUACCUGAGUAUAAGCUACCGGGGGAAAAGAAUAGCCUAUUACUUGACGAGCAUUAAGUUGAAGAGCAUAUGCUACAAAAUUGUUCUGAAAGAGAAUUUGCUCACCUUUAACAAGGCGGGGCAAAAGGAAGAGCGCGCCCUGUGCUGUGGAGAAGCAACUCGAGUUAUCCAAGCGGGAGAAGUUAGCCAAGUUGACGAAGUUAAGGAAAAGCUGUUCAAGGGCGCGCACCAAAAGGACUCCAUAAAAGGAAGGGAAAUCCAACUGCACAACAGGGGCGACAUGAAUGCCCAGUUUCAAGUUGUGUACCCGCAAAAGUACGAUAAAUUCUUGCACGUAUAUCCAAAAAAAGGGAUUAUCUUUUCCUUCAACUUAACAAGCAUUUACAUCUUCGUGGACACCGAUUUCGUAACGAAGGAUUUGUUCCUGAACGAUGUGUCCGUGGAUUUGCUCCCCAAAUUUAAUAAAAUCAAUAGCAAAAUUUUUUUAAACAUAUUUAUUAAUACGCGUAAUGACAUGAACAAGUGUAGGAGUGGGUAUGUGAAUAAUUCGAAGUUAAUCACUGCAGGGGGAAAUGUACAGAGUGGGGAGACCGUCAAUGAUAGGAAGACCGCCGGUGUUGAGGAGGAUCAAAAUGAAGACGGCAAAAAACAAGGUGCAGACAACUCCGAAAAAAGCGAAAAAAAAGAAAAAGGUGAAAUCACCGAUUAUGACAACAAAAACGUUAGUACAAUUCGCUUAAAAAAUGAAACCAUUGUCACAUUCCUGACGGACAUCAGAAAACAAAUUAGCAAGACCAUCGAAAUAUACAACGAAACAGAAUCUAAUUUUAAAAUGAAAUAUAAGUUCCUGUCCCAUGAGAACAAUUUUUUCUCGCUGGAAAAACAUGAAGACGUUGUGAAACCGAACGAAAGUGGAACAUUUCAAAUCGUUUAUAAUCCUCUUUUUGUGCAGAAAAGGAAGAACAACAGUAAUAACUGUCACAACACUUUGUGCUUAAAAUAUUUGAAAUAUUUUCCCAAAAUUCAUCAUAUAUCCAAGCUCGUAAUUUAUUAUCCCAAGGACGUGGUGAAGAAUUAUACCUUAUUAGGCUAUGCGAAUAGUAUCACUUACGACAAGAAGAAAACUUUCAAUUUCAAAUCAAAGGUUUUGAACAGUGCUUCCAUCAGAAUAAAGAACUGGCUAAAUGAAAACCAGACACUGUUCGUUUCGUCUCUUGUUUGUGACAAAGACUUGAACAUUUCGCAUAGCGACUGCUUCUUUUUUUACAUACAAAACAAGUUGGAGCUAAGCAAUAAGGAGGAAAAAAACAUGCCAUUUAAAGUCAUAUCAUUGAAGGAAGCAACCUACCAUGUGAUGCUGACCUUUUCGAAUGAAAAAUAUAAAGACGCGUAUAAGAUUCUCCUGCAGUUUGAAAUAACCAAAAGCGAAUUUCUUUCCAUAAAAAAUGUAAAGGGAAAUAAAAAAGAAAUAUUAAAAGAGCAAGUGAGCAUUUAUAACCCCCUGGAUGAGAAUAUAAAAAUGGAUGCAGUCCUUGACUACACUUACGCAUUUUUGGAUAAGUCUAUAAUUCUCCAGAGCAAAAAAAAUAAUAAUAUUAAUAUAUACUUUUGCAUCGUCAGAAACGAGAUCGACAAAGACGUCACCAUUUCGUUUGCUAAUAAGACAACAGGAACGUACAAAUUCAAAUUUAUUCUCAACGUAAAUAUGAAUGAUUUCGAUGAUAACUUUUACUUCAACACUGAUUUGGGGUCUAUUCAAAUAAAUGAAAUAUCUUUUACAAAUGUGUGCAACCAGAAAAUUAAUUACGACGUGGUCAUAGAAGAUUAUGACGACGAGAAUAAAAACUCCAAGCAGAUAUUCCAGUGCGUCGACAAAUCCCUGAGUGCUAAAUCUGUGGAUACAAAUUUGUUCUUAAAGAACGAGACUCUCAAUAACUUGACGGAGAAGAUUAACCUUACCGUCAAAUAUAACCCCCCCGAUGUGCAGACGCAUAAGGCUAUUUUGAAGCUUCUCUCGAAGGAGGGCAUCAUUUACAAGGGGCUGCUAAUCGGGAAAAGUGUGGCGCCGAAACCUAAGGGACCGAUAUUCUGCUCAUCGCAAAAAACUACACUCAUUUCAUUUACGAAUCCGUUCUUUCACAUGAAGCAGUUUUUUUUAAAAACGGACGAAUUCUUCUCUGUCCCAUUUGAAGUCACCAAAGUGGAAGCACGCCAAACAGUUCAUAUACCAGUCAAAUGCAAAGCAACAAGUGCCAUCUCUGGCAAGCUCAUAAUCAAGUCGGAGGAUGACAUCACGUGGAUGUAUUAUUUGACAGGACAGUAA